UCUUUAAAUAACACUUACCAAAUGAUGAUAGUGCUGCAUUUAUUUAUUUUAAUUGUACUUAAUCUAUUUAACAAUGGUUUCUUCCCAAUCGAUUUUAAGUAUGAGAAUGUUUACACAUGAUGAUUUUCGGACCAUUGUUUGUACCAUGGACCUAUCGUACGGGCUAUCUUCUAGCGUUCUGUUCGCAUCGAAAAGUCAUCGCACAAGUUUGCCAUUGGGUUCAGGUUAUUUAUCCCUGAGUAAGCGCCGUAGUGGUGAGGAAGGGAGUACUUGAGGAGUGUCGAUCAGGGCAGCCAAUCGUAUCUGCAGCCUGACCGGAGCACGCCCACUGCGCUGGGGCGUAAAGGAGACAAGGACCAGUGUUGCCAGAUUUGGCCAUAUUUCCCGCACAUUCUAGCGAAACUGGCUGCAGCGCUAAAUCGGGCCCAAUCUGGCAACACUGAAAUAGACAUCAAAACACGUCGUGAUAUGAAGUGGACCGCCGCUGGUUGAAGUUACGGCGACGCAAUGACGCGCAACCUUGGAUUAUACACUAGAAGUUGGUGAAACUUGGGAUAUUUUUUUGUUUUUGGGCCAAUUGUUUUGAAGGAGAAACGUUGAAGGUGCAGAAGUAGAAGCUGCUGACCAAAAAACAACAACAUGGGACGAGAGGGAAAGUUGACGGUUGGGAGGUUUAGCUCGGUAGCUCCUCGGCUAGCUCGGUCAUAACGUCACACAUUCGCACCUGACUCCAGAUCCAAAUUUUCUCCUUUGUCCGAUUCCGAAUCGAAUCGAUAUUAAAGUGCUUUCAAGUUGUACCUCAUCCUUAUCAAAUAUCAAACCCACCAACGCGUACAAAUUCCAAUCCUGGUUGUAUUUACUUCGUAAAUCUUUGGCGUAGAGACGAGAAUCGGGACGUUUCAUCGGCGCCAUCACUCCAGACGUCUUCACAUGAUAGACAUUGUUUUGCACAGAGGUAACUAACUCCACUCGAUCGAUAUUACAUCUCAGGUGCAUCGGGUGUACUAGCGGGCGACUCGGACGUCUCCGUACACCUCCUCUGCGGGGCUGUCAUGAAGCAGCAGCGGCGGUGCGUCAUGUGCGUAAAAUGAACGCAGUAGCAGCAAGGUGUUUAUCAACGCUGGAUGUGCGUUACAACACUGAAGCCCUUCGUUUUUCAGUUUCCAUCGCAUUCAACAGCUAACCCUCCAACGCUGCCAGGCUACACCACUGGUGUCUAUCAUUCGUGUUUUCGUAGGCGGAAUUGCCGUAAGGGAAGGGUGGACGUUUUCGUAUUUGUCAGGUAAGACACACGACACAUAAUAACGCGUAUAGCGGUGAUUAGGAGAGUUAGGAGCCCUGGGUGCGUCUGCCUGCACAGUCUGCGGAUCUGCGGCGGCGAUGUGGUCGCGGGUCUAAAGCUGUUUUUUCAGCCGCAUCACACCCAUUUGGACCAUCGAUUGUUUUCAAUGUCUUUCUGAGAGGCGGUGGUUUGGACGAGCACAGGCGACCACCUAGAAUAGGCUUCUUCGUUUUUAUUUUUCCGGCUAACUUGUGAGCUGACCGUCCAAGUUUUGCAGCCAUGUCUGAAAACGCCCCCACACGAAGCCUGGACGACAUAGACCUUGCAGCUCUGAGGGAUCCAGCUGGGAUCUUCGAGCUUGUCGAGGUCGUAGGAAAUGGCACCUAUGGGCAGGUGUACAAGGGCCGUCAUGUCAAGACGGGCCAGCUGGCCGCCAUCAAGGUGAUGGAUGUGACGGAGGAGGAGGAGGAGGAGAUCAAGGCAGAGAUCAACAUGCUAAAGAAAUACAGCCACCAUCGCAACAUCGCCACCUACUACGGCGCCUUUGUUAAGAAGAGCCCACCAGGACAUGACGAUCAACUCUGGCUGGUGAUGGAGUUCUGUGGCGCCGGUUCUGUGACCGACCUGGUGAAGAACACCAAAGGAAGCUCUCUGAAGGAGGACUGGAUCGCCUACAUCUGCAGAGAGAUCCUCAGGGGUCUGGCACACCUCCACGCCCAUAAAGUCAUCCACAGAGACAUCAAGGGUCAGAAUGUCCUGCUCACAGAGAACGCUGAGGUCAAACUGGUGGACUUUGGCGUGAGUGCACAGCUGGACCGCACCGUGGGUCGGAGGAACACCUUCAUCGGCACGCCAUACUGGAUGGCACCGGAGGUCAUCGCCUGCGACGAGAACCCGGACUCCACAUACGACUACAGGAGCGAUAUCUGGUCGUUGGGAAUCACAGCUAUCGAGAUGGCCGAGGGAGCUCCGCCACUGUGUGACAUGCACCCAAUGAGAGCACUCUUUCUGAUUCCCAGGAAUCCUCCUCCCAAACUCAAAUCCAAGAAGUGGUCAAAGAAGUUCAUGGAUUUCAUCGAGGGCUGCCUGGUGAAGACCUACCCCAGCCGCCCGUCCACGGAGCAGCUCCUGAAGCACUCCUUCAUCAGGGACCAGCCCACCGAGCGGCAGGUCCGCAUCCAGCUCAAGGACCACAUCGACCGCACGCGCAAGAAGAGGGGCGAGAAAGAGGAGACGGAGUACGAAUACAGCGGCAGCGAUGAGGAGGACGAGAACCGCGGCGAUGAGCGGGAGUCGAGCAGUUCGAUCCUCAACGUGCCGGGCGAGUCCACGCUGAGGCGGGACUUCCUGCGGCUGCAGCAGGAGAACAAGGAGCGCUCCGAGGCGCUGAAGCGGCAGCAGGCCCAGCUGGCCGCCCAGCGCCGGGACCCCGAGGAGCACAAGAGGCAGCUCCUCCACGACCGGCAGAAACGCAUCGAGGAGCAGAAGGAGCAGCGCCGGCGCCUGGAGGAGCAACAGCGAAAGGAGCGAGACAUGGCGAGGCAGCAGGAAAAGGGUCCCCACCGGAGACUCGACGACAUGCGACGGGAGGAGGACAGGAGGAUGGCCGAGAGGGAGCAGGAGUUCAUCAGACACAAGCUGGAGGAGGAACAGCGGCAGUUGGAGAUCCUUCAGCAGCAGCUCCUGCAGGAGCAGGCUCUGCUCAUGGAGUACAAGCGCAAGCAGCUGGAGGAGCAGAGGCAGUCGGAGCGGCUGCAGAGGCAGCUGCAGCAGGAGCACGCCUACCUGGUGUCCCUGCAGCAGCAGCAGGACAAGAAGCCCCAGCUUUACCACUACAACAAGAACCUGGAGCCCAACAACAAGCCCGCCUGGGCCCGCGAGGUGGAGGAGAGGAGCAAGCUCAACAGACAGGGUUCUCCCAAGAUCUGCACCACCGUCUCCGACACGGCCAUCCAGUCGCGCUCAGACUCCAUCAGCCAAUCAGGAGGGGGCCAGGCUGCCCAGACCCCGCCCAUGCAGCGGCCCGUGGAACCUCAAGGAGGGCAGGGCAAGUUCCAGAUGGCCCACCUGGUCCCUCUCAAGCCCUACGCCGCCCCCGUGCCGCGCUCACAGUCCCUCUGCGACCAGCCCACUAAGACCAUGUCCGCGUUCCCCACCCAGGACCCCUCCCUCGCCCCCUCCCCCCGCCCCACGCACUCCCGCGAGCUGGUCCGCCAGAACUCGGACCCCACCUCGGAGAACCCCGGCCCGCUGGCGCACCACCCCAUCAGGGAGGACCGGGGUCCCUGGAUCCGCCUGCCCGACGUGGAGCUGCCCCCCAAGAUCCCACAGAGAACGGCGUCCAUCGCUGCAGCGCUCAACGCAAACCUCUCCUCUGGCAUCCGGCAUCCAGUUAGAGCCAGCAACCCAGACCUGAGCCGCAACGAUCGCUGGGAGAGAGGGGACAGCAUGAACCUGGUGUCCAACCUGCCCCAGACCGGCUCGCUGGAGAGACACCGCAUCCUCAGUUCUUCUAAGAUGGACUCUCCCAUUCUUUGUCACGACGGACGCCACAAAGCGGGGGAGUCUCGCACCUCCUCUCGCCCCAGUCGCCCCGCUGACCAUGGCCUGUAUGCGAAGGAGCGCGCCGAGGAGCAGCCGCGGCCCCCCGUCAAGGCCAACGACUACUCGUCGUCCUCGGACAGCAGCGAGAGCAGCGAGGAGAGCGAGAGCGGAGAGGGGGCCGAGGAGGGGGAGAGCCCCACUGACCGUCACAGGGACGGGGACACAGACUCUGUGAACACCAUGGUGGUUCACGAGGAGGAGGAUGAGGAGGAAGAGGAGGGCGAAGGGGGAGAGGGGGAGCAGGCGGGGGGCUACGGGGACCAGACCAUGCUGGUGCAGAGGACCCCAGAGAAGCGGAGCCACAAUGGCUACACCAACCUGCCGGAUGUGGUGCAGCCCUCCCACUCGCCCACCGACUCUGCCGGCCAGUCCUCCCCCGGGAAGGACUCUGUGUACGACUACCAGUCCCGGGGCUUGGUCAAGGCCUCGGGCAAGUCCUCCUUCAUGACCUUUGUGGACCUGGGGAUGUACCAGUCCACUUCGGGCACCGGAGACACCGUCUCUGUGGGAAGCAUCGGCUCCAGGUUCGAGCAGCUGAAGAUGGAGGUAAGGAAGGGCUCCAUGGUGAACGUGAACCCCACCAACACGCGGCCCCACAGCGACACGCCCGAGAUCCGCAAGUACAAGAAGAGGUUCAACUCGGAGAUCCUCUGUGCCGCUCUGUGGGGUGUGAACCUGCUGGUGGGCACAGAGAACGGCCUCAAGCUGCUGGACCGCAGCGGCCAGGGGAAGGUCUACCCUCUGAUCAACUCCCGCCGCUUCCAGCAGAUGGACGUCCUGGAGGGGCUCAACCUGCUCAUCACCAUUUCAGGCAAGAAGAACAAGGUGCGCGUGUACUACCUGGCCUGGCUGAGGAACAAGAUCCUGCACAACGACCCCGAGGUGGAGAAGAAGCAGGGCUGGACCACCGUGGGGGAGAUGGAAGGCUGUGUGCACUACAAAGUUGUGAAAUACGAGCGGAUCAAGUUCCUGGUGAUCGCCAUGAAGAACGCCGUUGAGGUGUACGCAUGGGCGCCCAAGCCUUAUCACAAAUUCAUGGCCUUCAAGUCCUUCGGGGACCUCCCUCACCGGCCCCUGCUGGUGGACCUGACCGUGGAGGAGGGCCAGCGGCUCAAGGUCAUCUACGGGUCCUGCGCCGGCUUCCACGCCAUCGACGUGGACUCUGGGAACAACUACGACAUCUACAUCCCUGUGCACAUCCAGAGCCAGGUGACCCCCCACGCCAUCGUGUUCCUGCCCAGCUCUGACGGCAUGGAGAUGCUGCUGUGCUACGAGGACGAGGGCGUCUACGUCAACACAUACGGACGCAUCAUCAAGGACGUGGUGCUGCAGUGGGGCGAGAUGCCCACCUCCGUCGCCCACAUCUGCUCCAACCAAAUCAUGGGCUGGGGGGAGAAGGCCAUCGAGAUCCGCUCGGUGGAGACGGGACACCUGGACGGCGUGUUCAUGCACAAGAGGGCCCAGAGGCUCAAGUUCCUGUGUGAGAGGAACGACAAGGUGUUCUUCGCCUCGGUGCGGUCGGGGGGCAGCAGCCAGGUGUACUUCAUGACCCUCAACAGGAACUGCAUCAUGAACUGGUGAAGGGGGCCCCCCAGGGGAGGAGCUGCCGAAGGGGGCCGAGACCCCGUCCUCAUGUAACGUCUCCUCCCCAACACACACACACACACACACACACACACACACACACACACACACACACACACACACACACACACACACACACACACACACACACACACACACACACACACACACACACACACACACACACACACACACACACACAAAUUGAGCGUAAAACUUCUCAAAAAUACAUUUCAACCUCCCUCCCGAGACCCUUGACGGAAAGAGAAUCAGGCCCCUACUAGGGGCCGUUAAACGUGGCCCCCGACCGGCAUCCAUGUGGAAUCAAGUCAUGUAAAUAGUUCUCCUGACGCCUCUGUUCGGUUCUCUUUUGAAGUCACUCGUUAUUGAGUUGUAUUCGUUUUUGUUCUGUUAGGACAUUCCUCGGUGGCUGUGUGUUUUGAAGGGAGGAGCUUUAUAUGAAUGUGUGGAGAUUAAAAUUGUAAAUACACGUUUCCUUUUUGAGAUCUGAGUGGCUCGCACACCGUUGUCGUAGUCGACGGUUUUUACAGGGAACCAAAACAGGAAGUAUCGCGUGCAGCCGAACAGUGAUUGGCCCGGGCAGCGGGCCGUAGUUUGAACCCCCCCCCCCCCCAAGUGCACGGUUGGGGGGGGACUUCAGUGAAAUAAAUCGGUACAAAUAUUACAAGCUGGGGAGUUUCAAGUAGCCUGCUGUAUCCGAGAUGUUAAUAAGUCAUCUGACGUCGACGGGUAAUAUAUCCAGCCGUCGGGCGUUCUGUUUUGGCUUUUCUUUUCUUUUCACUGACCUCUCUUCUGAGUCUGAAUUGCAAACAAGGCGAUCUUUCAAACGCUGGCUGCUGCGGAGCCCCGAAUGCUUCAGCACACACACUUGAAAGAUGAAUAUCAAAAUAAUCAUCCAUAUUCACACACGAUUAAAGAGUAGUUUAGCAUUUCCAAAAGAAUGAGACGUUAUGUUUGGCUGUGAUUUCUUUACAUAGGGUUUUGAGCUGAAGUCCUUUCCUGGAAUUCUCCGGAUUGUAUCUAAACUUUCUUUUGUUGUCGUAGAUUUACAAGGAUACCUGCAAUGAUUGAAUAUUUAUAUGUAGUGAUUCUGUAUUGGUAUUAGCCUACUGAUAUUCUUGAUUUUAAUCUACUGUAAUGAUAUUGCUAUCAUAAUGCAAUAUAUGCUAUUGGUGUGGAUUAUUUUGCUUGACAAGAAACGACCGCUUUCAUAAAAUACAGAACAGACGUCUCUGCGCGAGACAAACUGACUUUUGGGGACGGAGAGAUACUUUAUGGUUCAAAAUUGUUUUAACAAAUUUCUACAACGAUCUAAUCUAUAUCGUGUUUCAGUUUCCUUAGAUCAAGUCGAUAGCGUGGAUUUUGUAUGUGUUGGUUGAGGGUUGCAGUAGUAGAUGAGUGUAAUCACGAGUAACAUUUCUCAUACUCCUGUCUUUUCUCCGGCUUUGUAAUACUGCGACAGAAGACUUUCCUUUGAGGAACUCUCCAGAACAAGACGUGUGUGUGUGUGUGUGACUCGGGUGCGGUUGAGUCCAUGACACUGUCCGUUAUCGAGGUACCAAUUAGUUUCUGGGCCACCAAAGGCGUAGGUUAUAUUCUGGCAACAAGCAGACUCGUGUUAUUGAUCACAAACUAGAAUUCCUUUCAACACUUUGAAAAUACUUGCCAUGGCAUAUAAGAAAAUAUAUUUGUUUUGCUAGGAAUACACCCGUGAAAUAAUGUUGUGCGUUAUCAGAAAAUUAGGUGCAAGCUUUUACGUUUCUGAAAGGAAUCUCCGCUUUGUGAUGAAUACAGAGGUGUUCAAGGAGAUGUAGUCAACAAUAAUAUUCCACGUGUUCAGGGCAAAGUUGAAAGAUAAUGAGGUUAAAAUAGCUUAUAUUACAAAAAAGUAAAUGAAAUGCACUUUCACUUUAAAACCAUAUAUAUAUAUAUCUGUAUAUAUCUAUAUAGAUAUAAAUAUAUAUAAAAAAUAAUAAGCUUUCAUGUUUCGAUGACCCGCUGAAUCAAAGGGGUGUAACGCACCCCCGCUCCAGAAUGUGCUUCAGUCCUUAAUAUCCAAUAUGUGCCAUGACUUUCGGUUCAAGCGUCAUAGUUAGCAUUUACAUAGCGGCAAUCCUAAAGCAAUCCUAAUUCAAGCCUCAUUUCUAAUCCUCGUCUGCCAUGUUUACAGUCUUAGCAGUGCCUUGGAGUUAGGAAGAAUGGGGGUCUGCGGUGUAAGGAAGACUUUUUAUCCCCUUCCCUUACUAGGAGCGCCAUGAUGAGGGAAUGCACCCGGAACACAGGGCUGCUCGUGGGAAUGGUGUCCUGUACUUAGUAAAGUGCACUUAAAAAGAACAGCAAGGAACAGAAAGAGAGGGAAUUAAGAUUGUUUGACAAUGUCAAAUCAAUAAAUACAAUAUACCUGAAUAUAUAUAUAUAUAUAAUAUACAUAGAAGUAAAAAAUGAAAUGUAGUUAAAAUAGGGGAUUUGUGUGAAGGUUGUCUGACGGUUUAAUUGCUCUUCAGAAAGGUGUGAAACAAGUUAAUUUACGUUCAGAAGAAAAAAGCCAUAGAUGGAAAACAUUGUCGGUUAGUUUUUGUGCUCAAAGAAAUCGAGUACAAAUCGGAUGUCGUAUUUUUUUGUAGAUACUUGGUCUCGAUGUAUAACAAAGACAAUGGUUAUUCUUUUAUAUUGUUGAUGUUUAAUCAUAAGUUAGGAAAAUUGCGUUAAUAUAUUCUAAACUAUUUUGUUAAAGCAUAUGUAAAUUAGCCUAUAUAACGAGAGAAGGAAAACUGAUAUACAUAUAUGAAACAGAUUUGUAUUUGUAUAAAACUAUGUGUGGUUAUAUCAAUGCAAGCACAAUGUAUUCUAAAGCAGUGGGAGCAAAGCUAUAUUGGACUAUACCCAAUCAGAGAAGAGACGACGUGUGUCUUGGAUUUUUAUUGGCUGUAAACAGAUCUUGGGUGUCAUGGUGAGACUCAUUCCUUCAAAGACACAAAGCCAUGUGGAUUAUUGUUAUCAUUGGGCAAGGAUACUUUGGUGAUGUCUUUGUGUUCAAUGAGGUCAACGUUGUACUUUGAAUGAAGUUCAGACUUAACAAAAAUAAGGUUAAGACUUUGUGCUUUUCAAUUUUUGUCAUUAUUCAGGGUUUGGGUAUAAGAAUGUCAUUAGAUGUUUUUUUUAUCAAACAUGUCACCUAAAAAAAAAAUUGCCAUUGAAUUAGAAUCAUUCUGAUGGUUUGCUACGAUAGUAAUAAUAAAAAAUUAUCUGUAUUGCUUUUUCUGAAUUCAUUAAAAAAUAAUCUUUAACGCCCACUUGGUUGAAUGUGGAAAUGUCUGCAUGUUUUGAUGUCACUUUUUAUAGAAGCCUUUCAUUAAAAUGUAAACCGUCAACAUAGUCGCCCUCUACUGUUCGAGCUUGCAACUGCAUUAUAAACUUUGUUGAAUGACGUCAACGUGUCAUCUAGGCCUAUUCCAAUGGAUUCUGUCUUUGAGAACUUCCAUAUCCCAUACGAUGCGGUUUUUCCGUUUCCAAAGCUUCCAAAAAAUGCGGUUUCCCACGUGGCUCAUUGCCGCACCAAAUCCAAUAUUUGAAUUGCACUUUACAAACUUUUUCAAAUUCAAAGCCCAUUGUAUGAAGAGAGAUUAUGUAUAAAUAUGGCAAAGGCUCUUCUACAUAUCAUCAAAGCUUCAAGAUGAACAUGCUACAGUGUUUGUGAUCCAUGCCUAUCUUAAUCUGAAGGCCAGGAAGGGGAAGUCACUAUGGCAGGUGGGGCGGUGUGGUAGGCCUACAGAGGGAUUUUAAAAAGCAAUAUUAGUGGUGUUUUAAAAUAUAUAUUUAUCCCAAUUUGGCUGUCCAUCUCUGUAUUACCCUCUGGAUCGUGUGUGUCUGGUGGUCUUCGACAGACUGUGUGUAUGCAGGUCCGUUCUGUACUGUGUUUUGCUAUUAACAUCGAGAAAUCGCUUAUUAUUAUGGUCCGUCGCUAAAUAAUAAUACAAUCACUCAACGAUUUGGGAUGCCUGUUCUAGGUUUUGCUUUUAUCGAAGGAGAUCGCAGAGGUUGCCUUUAUGACGUAUGAGAGUCGAAACACGGGGAGCGGUUUAUGGUUGUAGAGAGAGCGCGUUUCAGCAUAUUAAAACGAAGCGCUCCUCUCCGUUGAGUUGUGUUUAACUCUGAAACCACGAACGCAGCUGUUCCUGAUGACUGCCGGUCAGGGAGGACGCAGGAAAAUGUCAUCUUUAUUAAGAACUUUUCUUCUUUCUUUUUUUUUUUUACAUCUUUGCAAUGUUAUAGUAUGUGUGUAUGUUUGUGUGUCUGUGUUACUUGUGAAAGGUUAACUCAAGAUUGUAUUUCAUAGACUGAACUUUCAAGAUUGUGUUGAACUCAUUAAUGUCUUAACACAGAAAUGUUUGAAAGAAAUAAAAUCAAUUGAUCUCAAUUAUGGGGGCCUCUCUUGUUUUUAGUGUAAUUAAGUAUUUCAAAUCAUGAAUGCUCGAUAUCAUCAAACAUGCUUAUUGAAUAUCUACCCACACCUAAGUUAUUAUUAGAUAAUGAAAUUGUUCCUUUAUGGAAUUUUUAAUGAAAAUACGUUUUAGAGCUGAUACCCCAUAAACAUUUCUGGUGAUUUGUAUCGUUGCAAUCUAUAAAAUGUGUCUCGAGGAAAAAUAUGAUAAAAUCUAUGGCGAGUUCAGAAUAUGGGGAACACUUAGAUAUAUUAUAAUAUAGGCCUACUGAAUAUAAGAGUACUGCUAGUGCUACUAUCGACCUCUAGGGGUCGACAGAGUGGAAAAUAUUUUAGCGAAGCAUUUGUAUUUGAAAUUAAAUUGAUAUUUGUAUUCACAGAAACGUUAUACAUUUCUAGUCAUUUUAAAACUG